CCAAUCCCUGAUUUUAAGGCACUUCAUGCCGCUGAGGAGGCAAAGUUGGCAGCUCGGAAGGAACAUAUCAUUCCUGUGAAGCCGAUAGCAAAGGAGUUUUGUACGGAUGAAAGAAUUAAGGAGCGGCGUAUGUUUGAUGAGCGAAUUAAAGAGAAGGAGGCGGAGAUGGAACGGGCAUUGGAGGAAGGCAGGAAACAGAGGGAGCAAGAAGAAGAAAGGGAGGUCAGAGAAUUGCGGAGAAAGGCGGUGCCCAAAGCUCAUGAAGUGCCGGAAUGGUAUAAGGAUGCACCCAAGCGGGUGCGGCCGACGGAGUAG